GGCAGCGCGGUUCUGGAACGCGUAACGCUUGUCUUGUCUCGUCUCGCCUCGAAAAUCACUUUUCAAACUCCAUUCGGGACUCCAAUCGGAUUCGAUCGGACCGCGGACUCAACCUGUUGCCGCUCAUUGUGUGUUUUUGGCAUUGCCUGCAACGAUUUUGGAUAUUUUCUUGUGCAAGAUUGCGUGCGGCAUAAAACCGCGUAAAAGCAUUUGAAAACAUAUUUCGAAAGUGUAAAGACUAUAAAAAAAAGGAAUAAAAAAGAUAGUACACAACUUUAGCAGAUACUCUGAUAUCCCUGCAACGCUUGCUAAGAUUCGUGCGCGGCCUGUAAUUUGCCAUCCAUUUGUCGAAAUCCACUCCAAUCUGUGGGCGUGGGAUCAGUGCAGCCAGCUAAAGCGAUAAUUAGGAAAUAUUUACCUGGCUAAGAUGGAUGAUCCCAAAAUAAUGAACAUCAUGAAUGGGAUGAAAUCGCUGGAAGAUCAUUGUCAGCUCAUAAAUGACGUGAAGGACGAGUCGCCCAUGCAAAUGUUCUACAAGGACAAGGGCGUCUUCCUCACUGGCGGCACAGGAUUCUUUGGCAAAAUUAUCAUUGAGAAAUUGCUGCGCGUCACGGAGGUGGGACAAAUCUAUUUGCUGAUACGCACCAAGAAGGGCAAGGAUGCCUUCGCACGCAUCGAGGAUCUGUUUAAUGAUCCCGUCUUUAGCAAAAUGAAGCAGGUGAACCCCAAGUACCGCUGCCAGAUUACCAUCAUCAGUGGCGAUUGCUCGCUGCCGGGAUUGGGAAUAUCCGCCGAUGAGCGCGAGACGAUCCUGGAGAAUGUCAACAUCGUUCUGCACAGUGCGGCCACAGUGCGUUUUGAUGAGAAGCUCAAAAUGGCCAUUGCCAUCAAUGUCCAUGGUACCAAGGAGAUCAUAAAGCUGGCUAAAGAGAUUGUCAACCUAAAGGCCCUCGUCCACGUCUCCACAGCAUUUGCUCACUGCAACAUGCGUCACAUCCAGGAGAAGUUCUACAGCGGCACAAUGACCGGCGAGAAUGCUUUCAAGCUGAGCGAGUGCCUCGACGAGCACACCCUCAACACCCUGACGCCGACCAUUAUCCAGGGUUAUCCGAACACAUAUACCUUUACCAAAGUUCUGGCCGAGAAUGUCGUGCAGCAGAGUGCACAGAAUCUGCCAGUCACCAUCUUCAGACCGGGCAUAGUGAUCACCACUUACCGCGAACCGGUCACUGGCUGGAUCGACAAUAUGUACGGCCCCUGUGGCGUGAUCGUGGGCAUCGGAUCCGGCGUGCUGCGAGUCUUCACCGGCGACAUGGACAACAAAGCGCACAUUGUGCCCGUGGAUAUGUGCGUGAAUGCUCUGCUGGCCAGUGCCUGGGAUAUAGCUCGGAACAAAUACGAGACGCCCCCGAUUUACAAUUAUGUGCCGGAUGCCGAUAACAUGGUCACCUGGCGGCGAUACAUGGAGGAUGGCUUUGAGUACGGCUGUGACAUACCGAUGCGCAAGUCCAUUUGGUAUCCGCGAUUCACCAUUGUGCCACACAUGUGGCAAUAUCACAUCCUGUGCUUCUUCUAUCACACACUUCCCGCCCUGGUCAUGGACGCCAUCAUGGUGAUCAUCGGCAAGAAGCCAAGGAUGAUGAAGAUAUACCGAAAGAUCCACAAGCUGAGCAACGUCCUAAAGUACUUUAGUUCAAAUGAGUUCCGCUUCGACAACGACAAUGUCAGAAAACUUACGGAAAAACUGGACGAUAGGGACAAAAGGUUGUUUGCCUUCGAUAUGCGGGACUUGGACUGGACCAAUCUGUUCCGCGUCAGUCUCUACGGGCUGCGUCUCUAUGUAGUCAAGGAUGAUCCCAGUAAUAUUCCAGAGUCCAUUAAGCGCUACGAAAGAUUGAAGGUCCUGCACUAUACGACAUUGGUUAUUUUCUACUCGUUAGCUGCCUGGGCGCUCUUUGCCCUCUUCAAGCUCUUCUUAUAGGACCAUUAACCUCUUAACUAUUCUAUCCAUUCUAGGGCAUGUCUACUUCUACUCCUUAUUCUUUCAGCGCAAAGCAUUUCCGUUUCCGCAGUAGUUGAUAGUUGAUAGUUCUAGUUGUAUGUAUCGUAUAUAUCGUUUGUAUGUUUGUACCAUAUCCAUAUGCCCAUAGUCAUAUGUUUGAAACGCUUUAUCCGAAUCUUGUAUAGCUUAGUUCAUACGUCUGUUAAUGUAAAUUCGCUAAAAUUAAUUACGAGUACAAUAAAAACAGCUUCACAUUUUGUUUGGGAUA